CGGCGCACAAUGCGAAAUCGACAUGCCAAUGCGCGUUCACAGACACGCUUUUUCUAGCGCUUUUCCGAGUCCACUCGCUGUGAGGUAUAAAAUUCAUCAAAAUGUUCCUUCCCUCAUGCUUCACUGUUGAAACGCUGGAUAGCGAGCCUAUCAUGAUGUUAAAUAACUCCGAGGACCUCCCGGAAAUUGAACUGGAUGUAUCGCAUGAUUUGUCUGAAAUUGACCAGUUUCUCUUGGAUGAUAGUCUUCAGGUGUUAUUUGAUACAUCUAUCUUUAUGCCAGACGACCUCCAGCCAUCCGCUGACGAUUCUCAGGGCCUUCUAGAAAUGCUUCUUCUGAAUGAAUCAGAUGGUGUUAUUCCAUUAUCUGGAGAAGUCGCUUUUGACAUACUCUUGGGAUCAGAAUUACUGAUUGACAUCGGGGAUUUACAAUAUGCUACAACACUCGUCGGUAAAAACGCACUGACAGGACCAGACGCUGCUGAAGUUGAUGGAUCCAUCUGUCAUGAAUUACCAGUGCUACAACAAGGGGCUGAGGAUGUCCAAAAUCCCCUGUCAUUGAUCAAAUCCACCGCUCCAGUAAUCAGUUCUCCCCCGGCGCCGCCCAUCGAUCUGAGCCGCUUCGACCCGCAGCCCUUUACACCGACGACAUAUGCUAAGUCUCAGAAGCGCAAAGCUCGCCAGUCCAUUGAAGUCGAGGUUGAUAGUGCGUGUUCGUCUUCCCUGCGCAAGCGCAGAUGUCUGUACGAAGCUUCUUAGCGUGCUUUCCUCUCUUUGUCAUCGCUUGGUGUACUUUCUAUGUAGUUGGGUUUUAUGGAGUGUUAUGCUGCGUUUGUAUACUAUCCAUGGUGUGAGUUCGGUGUAGCGAAAAUGGAAUCAUGCACUUCAAUGGGGCAUCGUUUUGUGUUUGCUGUCUUGACGUC